UUUUCGUUGAGUGACGUAAAAUCUUCAUUGCAGUUUGCAACAAGUUCAGUCGCACGCGUUCAUCUUUAUCGGUUACGUCAUGAAAUCUCAUUUCGAUCGUGAUCGCGAAUUCAGGUUGGCUCGAUCUACGAAAAAGAAGUGAAUUUUUGAAAUAUUUUUUUCGCGUUCGUCGUUACCGCGCAUAUUUCUGUCUCCCCCUCUUCUUCAUCUUCUUCUCGAUCCCGGUCAAGUUCGUGGUACGAUCGGACGUUCAUUUUUUUCUGGCUUUGAGCUUGUUUGGGUAGCGAAGAUGUUGUGAACGGGAAAAGUGCAAAAUAUCCGGACUCGACGUCCGGAAAUGCAGUGUCAUGAUGGGAACUAAUGAUAGUUGGUUCUGGGGUUGGCUGAGCUGGUCGGGGUCUUCAGCAACGAUGCUGAGAGCCGCCGAGAAAAAAAUUCUCUCCUGUCUCAGGACUGCAUACCGUGGAUGGUAUGUUGACAUCGGACCGGUGGUUGGUGCCUCCGACAAAAUAUGGACGAUAUCGCUGAACGAGGAAUCCCCAAAAACACCGAUCGUUCUUCUUCACGGUCUGGGCGCUGGCGUUGCUCUCUGGUGCCUCAAUCUGGACAACCUCAGUAUCGAUCGACCUGUUUAUGCAAUGGAUCUUUUAGGCUUUGGGAGGAGUAGCAGGCCAAAAUUCAGCAACGAGGCACAAGAAGCGGAGGCACAGCUCGUUCGUUCGGUGGAGGAAUGGAGGCGGGAGAUGCAGCUCGAAAAAUUCGUGCUCCUUGGCCAUUCUAUGGGCGGUUUUUUGGCUGCAUCGUACGCAAUACAAUAUCCCGAAAGGGUAAAACACCUAAUACUCGCAGAUCCUUGGGGGUUUCCAGAAAAACCAUCGCUAGAUGCUGCUCGAUCACAUGUGCCACUCUGGGUCAAGGCAAUCGCCUAUGUAAUCCAACCUUUGAACCCCCUCUGGGCUGUUAGACUGGCUGGUCCAUUCGGUCAAUGGCUAAUUGAAACGACAAGGCCGGAUAUCGUGAAAAAAUUUGCUCCCGUCCUGAAAGACGAUCUCAGCAUUAUAUCCCAGUAUAUUCAUCAGUGUAACGCACAAACUCCUUCCGGGGAGAGUGCUUUUCACGCGAUGAUGCAGGGAUUUGGAUGGGCUAAAAAUCCCAUAGUCAAACGGAUGGACAAAAUGAGCCCGGAUAUACCGAUCACUUUACUCUACGGAAGUCGGUCUUGGGUUGACAAUUCGGCUGGUGAAACGAUCAAACAAACGAGAUCUUCAUCUUAUGUAAACGUCCAGGUAAUCUCGGGAGCAGGGCACCACGUUUACGCUGACAAGAGCGAGAUAUUCAACAAGCAUGUGAGAGACGCGUGCUCCCUGAGCGACACGAUAUCGAAUUUGACAGCGGCGAAUGUACGUCCAUCGACGAUAGGUACACAGGCAUCGACGAAGGAAACAGGGGAUAAAGUAACAUCGACAAUGCCCAUUGAUUCAACCGAGUCCGACUCAGAGUUUCUCGAAGAGCAGGACCAACCAAAACAAAAACCGAGUUGAAAUUAAGUAAAUAUUUUUUCUAUACUUCCUUACAUCCUUAGUCAAUGAAUUGCGAGAAUAAUGAAGACGAAAAAGUGGCAUUGUCUUUUCUACACUUGAAAAGCAAAAGGGUUACCUUUUUUCUUUAGAAUUCUUUGCAUAGGUCUUCUUAAUUCACUUGAAUUCGUUAUUUUCGACAACUUUAUCGUCCAGGUUUUACAGUAAGAAUAAUUAAUGUUGAAAACGGUGAAGAGGUCUUCUGUAGAUCAGGAGGCUCAAAGAGUUUCGAAAACGUUCGUUUCUUCGUCUCAACUGAAAUUGUAGCAUGAAAAAUAGCGAUGAACAUCAACGAAAAAGACGAAUGAGUCUGUGAAAUAUUCGGAGAAUAUGAGAAAAGCGGAAUUCGAAGGAACUUUUGUUAUCGGUCAGAUAAAAAUGUAUAAUAAUAAUGUGUAAUAAAUUCUUAAAUUAUUCUAUUAUAUAAAUUAGUAUACGAAUAUCUAAUAGUUGCUAUAUUUAUAAUACGUGUAUAUAAAAUGUAUUGAUGUUGAAGCGUAGUCGUACAAGAGUCGCACUUUACACGAGUCGUACAUUCACUGAACGUAUGAGAAAGUUGAAAGAAAAUGAAUCUGGACACCGACAUUUGUGUAUCAGAGAAACGAUGAAAGAGUAACGAAGAAAUGGCAAUCCAUCUGGUAUUCUGAAUUAAAAAAAUUUACUUUGUAUUUAGCGACAUUAAAAACUGUUCAAUACAAAUUUUCAUAAAAGUC